AUGGAGGGCCUAAUUGGUGGACAGGAGGGCGUGCUGUGUUUGUUGGAUGACGUGCUCAUUACGGGGCGUGACGACGCCGAGCACGCUGCACGCCUCCGGGCGGUGUUGCAGACCUUACAAGAAGCAGGAUUGACCUUGCAAAGGGAGAAGUGCGAGUUCUAUAAAGAUGAGGUUAACUACUUGGGCUAUGUUAUCGAUUCUGAGGGAAUACAUCCUGCACCAAGUAAAGUCGAAUCUAUAGUAAAUACUCCAGCACCCAAAAAUAAACGAGAACUGCAAGCAUUUCUCGGGUUGUACAAUUUUUAUGAAAGGUUCAUACCUCAUAAAGCGACAAUAUUUGAACCAUUGCAUCGAUUAUUAGACUCUUCACAGACAUGGACAUGGUCUGAGCGUGAGCAAAGUUCAUUUGACAUGGCUAAAAGCUUACUCGCAUUUGAUUUAACUCUAGUUCAUUAUGAUGCAAAUAAGCCAGUAGUUCUUACCUGUGACAGUUCGGAAUAUGGGGUAGGAGCAGUAUUGUCACAUGAAAUGGAGGAUGGCCAAGAACGGCCAAUAGCAAUGGCAUCGAGAACCCUUCAUGCACAUGAACGACGUUAUUCUCAGUUAGAUAAAGAAGCCACAUCAAUUAUGUUUGGCAUUAAAAAAUUUCAUAAUUACCUCAUGGGUCGUAAUUUUCGGAUAAUUACGGACCACAAACCAUUGCUUGGUAUAUUUAACCCUAAAAAACCAAUGUCAAAUAUGUUGUCUCCUCGAUUGACGAGGAUUGCGAUUGCUUUAAUGUCUCAUGAUUAUGAGAUAAUAUAA